UAACUCUAGCAAUUUCUAUCUUGUUCCCUACGGCCGUAUGGUGAGAAAGCCGCUGGAAUGAUUUCUGGUCCACGUCGGCGAUGGAGGGAAUAAAAAGAAGCCAGGCGCCAGCCUGUCCCUCAACCGCCGCGGCGCCGCCUCCAAAAGCACCUCCGCCUCCCUCCGCUGCAGCCAAAACCCCUCUUCUCCCCUCCUCUUCCCCGUGCUCACAUCCGGGAUCCCCGCGCCGCGCCACCACCAUGGACAUUGACUUCGAAUUCGUGCUGCGCGUCCUCCCCGCCCCCUCCGUCUCCACGACCGGCUCGCUCUCCGCGGCGGCCGACGGGGGCCACGACGGCGAGGACCAUCUCAGCAACCUCCCCGAUGGCCUCCUCGGCGACAUCGUCUCCCUCCUCCCCGUCACCUUCGCCAUGCGCACCACCGUCCUCUCCGAGCGCUGGCGCAACGUCUGGCACUCCGCCCCGCUGGUGCUCUACGACGCGCACAUCCCCGCCGCCAGCAAGUCCGCGCGCUUCGCCAUCGUCGCCCGGGUCUUCGCCAAGAACACGGGCGCGUUCCGCACCGUCCACCUCGCCCGCUGCUCCUUCGAGUCGCGCGCGCCGGAGCUCGCCGAGUGCUCCCGCCGCCUCGCCGCCGGGGGCGUCCAGGACCUCGUGCUCCUCAACGAACCCAUAGAGCGCUCCGUGGGACGCGACGAGGAGAUCCUCCCCGCCGAGAUCCUCCGAUGCGACGCGCUCCGGAGCCUCUACCUCGGUUACUGGAAGUUAGCGGACGUGGCGAGCCUCCCGGGCGGCGACUUCUUCCCCAAGCUCGAGAAGCUCGGCCUCCUCAACAUGUUCCUUGGCAACCACGUCCUCGAUCGUCUGCUCGCGGCAAGCCCCCUCCUGACCCACGCGCUCAUCCUCUGGCACCAGAGACCCGACGACCGGCUUCAUCUCCGCGGCCAGAGCCUCCGGUGCGUCGUCUUCUAUCACUCCACGGUUGAGGAGUUGGCGCUGCUGGACGCCCCGCUCUUGGACAGGCUCAUCAUGCGGUGUACAUGGCGUCGACGCCAUAAGUGGGAUCCCCGUGACCUUAUGCGGGUGAAGAUUGCUCGUGCGCCUCGGCUGCGUGUGCUUGGUUACCUGGAUGCAAUGGAACACCAGCUGCAAAUUGGGGACACCGUCAUCCAGGCUGACACACUGGCGAGUCCACGCUCUGUAGUUCCAAGCGUCAGGGUGUUGGCAGUUAUGGUGAAUUUGAAUGCCUUCGAGCAAGUCAAAGCGCUGUUCAGCUUCCUCAGUUGCUUUCCCAACCUCGAGACCCUGCAUGUGAAGAAGUCCGCUGUGGCUGCUAAACCCAAUAGCUUGAACCCUGAAAAGUUCUUUCAGAAUCUCGGUCCCAUUGAAUGUCUGCAGUCACACAUCAAGAAGGUGGUUCUCCAUGAUGUCCAUUUCUUAGGUGAUAUUCCAUUUCUUAGGUGCUUCUGCCAGAGAGCACAGGCUCUGCAGUCAUUGGUACUUAUGGUCCGUGAUGAACUUGCUCCGGUACUAUUGGGCGGGAUGGAUCUAGCGAGUUAUCUAGCUUAUCCAACACGGGCUGGUCAAUGCUGUACGGUGUUGUUUGUGAAUUCUGAUGCAGAGGGUUCUUGGAGCUAUCACAGAUCAUCUGAUCUUUCCGUCGACGACCCUUUCUUCACUCAAGGUGGGCAGCAGCUCUUCCAUAUUUCAGUCUAGAGAGAAUGAAGAGGUUGCAAACACCAGCCCAAUGUGGACGAAUAUAAUAGAGUAUUGUCUUCACAACACCUCUUACUGACAGACUAGAAGGUGCUUACAUAUUCAGGUUGUAAGAUUGAGUAGAUACCAACUUGGAUGACUGUCUGUAAACGUUCAUCUUAACUGGUGCUAUGGUUUCACUCAGAAGGACUACUGUUUCUCAACAUAUUACUCCAAUGUUGCUGUCUAGUGUCUUCCACAGAUUCUGCAUUUGAUGCUAUUUCCCUUUGUAUCUGUGGCUGGAUCCUGAUAGAAGCAGUGGAGAAUUGGUGAUAUAAACAAAUACAUAUAUCGCUUAAACCUUGUCA